AUGACCUCAGACGGAACUCAGCAGGUUCAGGUGUCGGGGUCUGGUCCUCAUCCUAUAGACAUCAUGGCUGGCGUCGACGGAACCGAUCCAUCUAAGGCGCCCGAGAAGCUGGGCUUAUCUGGCACCGUUAUCAUUGCUACGGCGAUUAUGCCGUACAAGUUCUCGUUCGGAAACGGUGAAUGGGAAAUCAGCCAACGAAGGGGCAACUCCGCGUUAAAUUCGUCGUUCAGCCACCUCGCCUCCGGUACCUCCUGGAAUACCGUCAUAGUAGGCUGGCCUGGGGAAGUGAGUCAGUCAAUCGGGAAACGGGACGUGCAGAAGGAACAUCAGCAAGCUGAGGGUGGAGCUUCCACAGCGCCUGUUCAAGCUGUGACUGCUUCGAGCUAUCAGCAGCAUUCGGCAGAAUUGGAGCAAGAUGUCGUGCUGUCGAAGCAAGACCGGGUGAAUUUGGAGGAGCAACUCUCGCAUGAAGGAAAUGAACUGGGAAAGAAAAUUGUUCCUGUCUGGGUGGUCGGCGAGAAGGAUGGAGAUAUUAAGAAUGGGGAUGUCGUUUUGAAGGACCAGAAUCGAUGGGUCGACUUUGCUCAGAGAGAAAUCUGGCCGACUUUCCACUACCUACUACGAGAACCCACAGAUGGGCGAAAAGAAAGAACAUGGUGGGCUGACUAUAUCAAGUUUAACCAGGCUUUCUCAGACAAGAUUUUCGAAGUCUACAAGCCGGGUGAUAUCGUCUGGAUUCAUGAUUAUCAGUUACUGUUGGUGCCUAGCAUGCUCCGUCAGAAACUAUCUAGCGCAUAUAUUGCCUUCUUCCUGCACAGCCCAUUCCCAAGCUCUGAGUUCUUCAGGUGCAUGACAAAGAGAAAGGAGCUUCUAGCAGGAGUUCUCGGCGCUAAUCAAUUGGGCUUCCAAUCUUAUGCUUAUGCGAAGCACUUCAUCUCCUCGUGCACUCGUGUCCUUGGUUUCGAAUCAUCCGGCAAUGGUGUGGAUGCUUAUGGUGCCCACGUCGCUGUCGAUGUUUUCCCCAUCGGAAUCGACGCCGCCAAGGUCGACAAGGACUCCCAUAACGCCAAUAUUGACGAGAAAAUGCAGGCAAUCCGCGAACUUGCCGGCGGCAAGAAAAUAAUUGUUGGACGUGACCGCCUCGACUCUGUCCGCGGAGUUGUUCAGAAGCUCCGAGCCUUCGAAAUGUUCUUAGAACUCUAUCCAGAAUGGAGAGAUAAAGUAAUCUUGAUCCAGGUUACAUCUCCCAGCGUAUCUGAAGGUCCUAAAGUUGAGCACCAAGUUUCUGAGUUGGUUGCGCAUAUCAAUGGAACUUACGGCUCGAUUCACUUCUCCCCUGUUCAACAUUUCCCUCAAUACCUCAGCCAGGAUGAAUACUAUGCUCUUCUCAGAGUUGCAGAUCUUGGUCUUAUUACCUCUGUCAGAGACGGUAUGAAUACUACAUCCCUCGAAUACGUCGUCUGUCAAAAGGAAACCCACGGCCCUGUUAUUCUCUCCGAAUUCACUGGUACAGCUGGCAGUCUCUGCGACGCUUUCCAGGUAAACCCAUGGGAUUACCGUGGUGUCGCAGAGGCCAUUAACACAUGCCUCAGCCUUCCAGCCGAAACAAAGGAAGAGCUUCACUCGAAGCUCUACGAACAUGUCAGCACCCACAACGUCCAAAACUGGACAAAUACUUUCCUUAAGGGUCUUCUCACAAACCUUGCUAGCCAUGAUCAAAGCCAGGCCACACCACCACUCGAUCGUCAAGCUCUUCUUGAUCAAUACAACAAAUCCACCCGUCGCCUCUUCAUGUUCGACUACGAUGGAACCCUUACACCGAUCGUUAAGGACCCUCAGGCUGCCAUCCCCACGGACAAGAUCAUCCGCACCAUUAAGACGCUCGCUUCAGAUCCUCAGAAUAACGUCUGGAUUGUAUCUGGGCGUGACCAAGCGUUCUUGGAGCAGUGGAUGGGCGACAUUGCAGAAUUAGGAUUCAGUGCCGAACACGGAAGCUUCGUAAGACGGCCGCGUGAUUCAGAAUGGGUCAAUCUUACGGAGAAAUUUGAUAUGAGCUGGCAAAAAGAUGUUUUGGAUAUCUUCCAGUACUAUACUGAGAGAACACAAGGAUCUUUCAUCGAACGCAAACGUUGCGCCCUAACCUGGCAUUACCGUAGAGCCGAUCCAGACUAUGGUGCCUUCCAAGCUCGCGAGUGCCAAUCCCAUCUCGAAAACACAGUUAUGCAAAAAUAUGACGUUGAAGUCAUGACGGGCAAGGCCAAUCUUGAGGUCCGCCCUACAUUUGUGAAUAAGGGUGAAAUUGCAAAGAAGUUGGUGGCAGAGUAUCCUGAUGAUGCUAAGCCAGACUUUGUACUUUGCUUGGGUGAUGAUACUACCGAUGAGGACAUGUUCCGUGCUCUCCGACGAUCUACGCUCCCAACGGAGCAUGUUUUCGCUGUUACUAUCGGCGCGAGCACCAAGAUGACGUUGGCAAGCUGGCAUUUGCAGGAACCGGCUGACGUGAUUGAUUCCGUCAGGUUGUUGAUCGGAGAUGUUGAUGAGGUUCCUGCUGCGCCUUCGGGCGAAGCUGAGGGCAAGGAAGUCACUGAGGAAAGUAAAUUAUAA